UGAACGGAGCCGGUCGUCGAGUGCUCGUUGUCUGUUUUACACGUUGCGGUUUGUCGUCGAGUAGCGUUUCGAAGUCAUUUGUGAUUGUUAAAAGUGUUGAAAGCGACGAUUGAACUGUUAUAAUAUGUAAGAUAGAUUGAGCAGAAGUGAAACCAACAUUGAAUAGCAUGAUUGCUAUAGAUAGUAGCAAAUCGUAAUGUAUGCUUUGUAUGAAUGAGUCACUAACACACGGUGGACAGACGAAGCAACUGUGAAUCCCGGUCGUUUCAUUUCGAUUGCUGCAUGAAAUGUUAAAGCACAUCGUGUGAUUAUGGAGUGUUUGAGUUGAGCCAUUGCCUCCCAAUGCCAUGAAACAAUUUAUAAUUCUUUAGAUUAAAAUAUAUGUUCCUGCUUCCAUCUUGCGCUCGUUUCAGUUCGUUAACCGGCCGCAAAUAGAAAUGGAUUAACGGCGCGCAUAAGAAACGGAAUCGCAACGGCAUCAGCAUAACACAGUUUGACACGAGCGAAUCGAAACGUAAAAGUGAGUGAUAAAAAUAUACGUAAACGUGUGUUUGACGGGACUGAUGGCCCCGGUGGCCCUUGUGCUCUGCUGCUGCCGCUGCUGUAUCAUCGAGUGACACCCGGAAAGGAAGAAACCCCGAGAAACGAUUUCUCGAGCCAAACCAAACCAGGCCAUCUCAUUCGCCACGACAUUCGUCAUCAUAAUAAUCAUAUUCGGAAGAAAUGUGUUUGUCGUGCCGUUACGGGCGUUCGGUGGACCGGUGCUGAAGGAGAGCGGUGUGUGUGCGUGUGUGUGUGUGUAUGUGCGGUUGGUUGCGACGGUGAGGCCACGUGGAGCAGCAACGCGUUCACCGUGAGGCAGAUGCUCUCUCUGGCAGUGACAGUUUUCAUACGAGGUUGUGCAACACGCCGAAUCCCGAGCCGGUGCCCGCGGUCCGUGGUCUGUGGCCUUGGUGGUGUGGUGUGACCGGUGAGGUGAAGAGAAGCGAAGAGAAGAGACAGCUUGUCGUAAGCUCUGCUUGACAAGCCUGCUCUGUGCUGAAAUGAGUGAGUGAUCGUAAAUAUUUUAGUACAGCAUAAAGGUCCGCCGGUUAGGGAUCCACCGGACCGAUCAAACCGAACCCAACCAACCGCCUUUGGUUUGAUUUUUGCUAUGUAGACGCCACCGUGUCCGGUCCAGUGUUACACUCCAGCCCGACAAUGGUCUCCCUACUGUUGGCGCAUAGUGAUCUCAUGGAUGGUGACGGAGGUGGUGGUGGGUUAGUGAGAGCAACUAUUGCGGCCAUUCCGAGCGUAGUGGCUCCGAAUGGUACCAAUCAGACGCUGAUGCUCGGCGAGAUAAUGCUGUUUGGUCGUGCGAACGAGACGACGACAGCGACAACAACCCCGGCGCCCAAUGAAGACAUCAUCUACUCCAAUAAACUGCUGCAGAUCGUGUUCUGUAUACUGUACUCGAGCAUCUUUGUGCUCGGUGUGUUCGGCAAUGUGCUUGUUUGCUACGUCGUGUUCCGGAACAAAGCGAUGCAAACGGUGACCAACCUGUUCAUCACGAAUCUGGCCCUCUCGGACAUACUGCUGUGCGUGCUGGCCGUUCCGUUUACCCCUUCGUACACCUUUCUCGGGGGCUGGGUGUUUGGGAAGCUGCUCUGUCACACGUUACCACUGGCGCAGGGUUGUAGUGUGUACAUCUCGACCCUUACCCUCACGUCGAUCGCCAUCGAUCGGUUCUUUGUGAUCAUCUAUCCGUUCCAUCCGCGGAUGAAGUUGUCCACGUGCGUGACGAUCAUUGUGCUGAUCUGGUCGUUCGCCAUCUUGGUGACGAUGCCGUACGGGCUGUACAUGCGGAUGCACGGCGAUGUAGCCAACGUGACAACGGAUAGCAGUCCGCUGGUCGCCGGCGCUCAGUCCAGUGCGAUGUAUUGCGAGGAGCAGUGGCCUUCGGAGGAGAUGCGCAAAACGUUUUCCAUCGUCACCUCGAUCCUCCAGUUCGUGCUUCCGUUUCUGAUCAUGGCGUUCUGCUAUAUCUGCGUGUCGAUCCGCUUGAACGAUCGGGCACGCACCAAACCGGGCAGCAAGACUUCGCGGCGCGAGGAAGCCGAUCGCGACCGCAAGAAGCGCACCAAUCGAAUGCUGAUCUCGAUGGUGGCCAUCUUCGGGAUUUCCUGGUUGCCGCUUAACCUGGUCAACAUGUGCAACGAUUUCCACUCGGACAUCAACGGCUGGCGGUUCUAUAAUCUGUUCUUCUUUAUCGCCCACCUGACGGCGAUGUCAUCGACCUGCUACAAUCCGUUCCUGUACGCCUGGUUGAACGAUAACUUCCGGAAGGAGUUUAAGCAGGUACUGCCGUGCUUCGAUCCUUCGCGUGGUCGUGGCGGAACCAUCAACGGCACACGAGGUGGCAUUGGUGGAUGGCGAUCGGAACAACGAACCUGCAACGGUAACAAUGACACCGUACAGGAGACACUCAUACCGAGCUCGCAGGUGCUGCCGAGCAGUCGUAGCUCCCAAGGCCAUUCGCAACAACAACAGCACCAGCAGCAACAGCAACAGCAUCUGGGCACCAGUUCCACCACCUCGAGCCAGGGCCAUCAAACGACGGUCGAUUCGAUCCUGCUCUCGGAAGUCAACCCACCGUUACCGUUACCGGCGCCGCUGCCGAGUGUGCAGAGUGCGGAAACCGUCGUCCUUCCUUCCGGUGUGCUCGAGACGCCAUUCGAUGUGCAGCUUGUGCCAAAUGCUGCGGCCACCAACGGAGGCAGUAAUGGGCGUGCAGUGGAUGCAGCGCCCGCGGCCAGCGGUGUCGUAAAUGGAGGGCUUAGCCGUGGCAGUAACUCCUCGAAGCUUUCUUCGUUGAUCCUCAUCAACGAUGGUACUACGGCCGACUCCAAAGUGCCUGCCAUCCUGUAAAUGAUAACCAUCUAGGUAGCUUCAGCUUAGGGCAGAAUUGUAUCACUUAGCAACCAUCGCGCAGCGUACAUGCAGAGACAGACAGCGGGUGAACGACGUGGUCUAGCGGUGCCAACGAACUUCACCGCAAAAAUGUGGGUGCUAGCCCAACUCAUCGAGACUCAGACAGGUUUCAUAAUGUGUUAAAAUUAUCAUUUUCCUAGUGAAUAUUUUAGGAUAAGAAAGGAGCUAGAGGAGAGAAGCAUGUAACACGUGUAGUACCGUUGUUACGGCGAGUGGGAUCCGUCAAAGCCAGAGGGCCCGGAAGAGAUAAACCUACAUAAAGCGGAUGACAUGUACCGAAUGCGUUUGCCAAAGGGCAUUUGGUACACGUGUGUGUGAGUGUGUGUGUUCUUCAUGAUCUCUGUCUCGGUCGGCAAUCGGCAGACGCGUUAAGUGGUAUCACUCUACGGUGGCGGUCUUUGUAGGAGGUCAAACAAGAACAAAAAGAGAAAGAAAAUGAACAAAAAAGAAGACGUUGUAAUAAAACUUGCUCUUUCUCCGAGCCACGGCUGGUGAUGGUACGGUGGAUUGAAACAGGGUAGUAUGGUAGUAACGCGAGACAACAAGUGCUUGUUACUUAAAGUUGCCUCAUAACUCCGGUAGGGUUUACCUGGCACGUUUCCCGCGAGAUAGAUGCUGCUAUGUCGCUCGGGAGCCAUCUUUAACGAGGUGGCCGCAUAGCAACCAAUGCAGUCACUAUAGGCGACGCACGGCGGGUUGCACGUCGAUUGCAUGUAACUUCUGGGAAAAGAUAGGGAAGGAAACAACUUGCCCGUAAACAAGCAGAAACAGGUCAUGCUCGGUGAAACGAUUGAGUCCAUGAUGGUGAUGAUGAGGAAAGUUAAAGGUCAAAUAACGAAUUCUUCGAACCCAAGCCGAGAAAAGGCGGAGUAAAGUGUGUAUAAUUCAUGACUCAAUAGAUUGAAGCGUAAAAAAAUGCAUUUUAACAAGGUUGCUGCAUCGAUAUAAUUCGAGCACCUGCAGAUCCUUUAGCCUUGUCCAAGAAGCUCAAAGACGGUCAUAGAACUAGCAACAAGGUGUUGAAAUGGAGCCAAAGUAUGAUAAAGUCCGGCAGCUAGGCGCUUAUGAUUGGCUUGUGUGAUGAUUCAAUGUAGCAUAAAUGUUAGAAUAUUAGGUGCCAUACCAGCGUCACUGGAAUGAGCUUUCAGUAGCAAUUGAACGAAACAACAUUAUCCCUCACCGCCUGAUGUGUUAUCAAUGAUGGUUAUGCAGCAAAUUCAUUUGCCAAAAGGCCAAUUAUUCCAAACUGUAUUAUGUUGCUUUCAUUUAAUGCAGUACAAGAGUUACAUAAGUUACGGGAAGAAACAUUCCUAAGAAUUGAAAUGUUUAUUGAAUUCAACAACAGCUUUCUUCCAAAGCUGCCCGUUUGUAUCGUGUGAUACGUUAAGCUUCCCUAUGUUGUUUUGCUCUUCUUUUCUGCAUGGUCGAUGUAACCUCAAGGGAAAUCAACGCAAUGAUCCAUCACGAUGCCACAAGAAUGCCAAAAUCCGGGAGAGCCGCUUGAACGUUUAGCUUCUGGUUCUUGUGGUAAUCCGUUAGAUUAGUCUUUGUGUCCGAUCGGGUGAGGAAUUUUGUGGUGUUCCAAUCAUGGCAGCAACGUUCUUUGAUUGGAAAACGGACAAAGUGAUGAAGUGGGUUCUCAAAAAUGGUAACCAACGGUAUUGUACUAGAAGUAGGAAUUCUUUUUUUUUUAUUGGUCGGAUGUUUGCCUUCAAAGGAAUUCCAGUCUCAUCUGUAACAAGCCAAAUGGCGGCCUAAAGAGGUGGAUAAGUCGAGCUGCUGUGAUGUGACCCAUGAGUCCCUCUUUUCUCGAGGCUUCGAUUAAAGUGAGCCCCCAACAUUCGGAAGUGUACCUUUGUGUUCACCGUUUUAACGGUGAAGAACCGUGUUUUGUUUUCGUUCCUGGCAAAAGGAGAAACUGUCCACUGAUCACCCAUAGUACCACGUAGUAAGGCAGGGCGAAACUUUCGACAAAGGCCACCACGCGGGUGAAGGCAGGUAUGGAUUGAUUAAAAAAAGGAGAAAAAUAAGAAACCUUGUCCACCAUACGCGCCAUUGUGCUUGUGCAACAAAACAACGUUUUGUUGUGUCGACGAAAUCGACAUGAAAUUGGCCGAAAACUGAAAGGCUCCGGGGUUCACCUGGGAUGCCAUUCCGUUUCGGCUGAGUUUAUCAUUUUUUCGCCUGUGUUGACUCAACAUAACAAGCUCUUGGUUACGGGGCGGAGUUGUUGGAAGUAGAAAAGCUCAUCUGAUCCCUUUUCCAAUUGACCGUUUAUGUUGCCUCUUCGCAAGGUGCGGGACCAAGAAUAGAAUUAGGCAUAGGACCCCAUUAUGGAAGGGAAACUGAGUGGAUGUUUAUUUAUGUAUGUUGAUCGUCGUAGCAUCAGCAACGAUGGGUAAUUAAUGCCCUCUACCGUGAUUCUACGGAUGGAAGUAAGGAAGACGGUGAUUUUAGCUGAGCAAGUUAGAAUAACGUAUUGUACUGAGUCUUCAUUUGAUAAAAGAAGUAGUUAUGGGUUAAGGAGACAAACAUUUGAGAUUUAAUUUUUGAUAUCCUGUUGUUUGUGCUGUGGUCCAAAAGAAAUGUUAGGAAAGCAGAGUAGGAAGGGUAAAACGAAAGA